UUCCUCUCAGACACAGACAUGGCUGGAACCUCCUCAGUAGCCGGCGAGGUUUUUGUGGACGCGCUGCCUUAUUUUGAUCAAGGCUACGAUGCCCCGGGAGUCAGAGAAGCUGCCGCAGCCUUGGUGGAGGAGGAGACGCGGCGUUACAGACCUACAAAGAAUUACCUAAGUUACCUGCCAACACCAGAUUUCUCUACUUUUGAGACAGAGAUCAUGCGGAAUGAGUUUGAGAGGCUUGCCGCCCGCCAACCCAUGGAGCUGCUCAGCAUGAAGAGAUAUGAGUUACCGGCCCCGUCAUCUGGACAAAAGAAUGACAUCACAGCGUGGCAGGACUGCGUGAAUAACUCCAUGGCCCAGCUGGAACACCAGGCGGUGCGCAUAGAAAACCUAGAACUGAUGGCACAGUAUGGGACCAAUGCCUGGAAAGUGUCUAAUGAUAAUUUGGCCUUCAUGAUUGAAAAUGCACAGAAGGAGCUGCAGAAGGUUCGAAAGCAGAUUCAGGACUUGAACUGGCAGCGAAAGAACGACCAGCUCACUGCAGGAGCCAAAUUGCGAGAGCUUGAAUCAACCUGGGUGUCCCUCGUGAGUAAAAACUAUGAGAUUGAGCGCGCCAUUGUGCAGCUGGAGAAUGAUGUCACACAGCUGAGACAGCAGCAGGGAGAGGAGAAUAAGGAGAACAUCCGACAGGACUUCUAGCAAGUGACGCGCCUGCCCAGCAAAAUCUGGGAUAACAGAUGAACGCUCGGUCAAAGUAUGUGGAAAAGGCCUUUUGGAGAAUGGAGUCCAUCUCCGUACUGUGAAGUGAGCAGUGGACGGCAUGGAAAGCUGAACACCUGAACUGUAACUGCUUCCUAAAGCUUGUACAAGGCUCUUUUAGUAGUUUUGUAUUUGUUUUCUUGUUUUUUUUUUAGUUUGUUUUAUAAGUUGUAUAAAUGUAAACCAGUAAUUCCGAUUUUUUUAGGGUGUUAAAUAAAUGAAAACCCGUUUGUCGGAAA